GUAUGCUAAUAAGAGCCGUAAAACAAGAAGAAGAAGACGACGCAGUAGGCUAAACAGUGGAAUUAUAUUUUGUAAGACAAUAAUAGUUUUUAAGUGACAAAUAGAUUGUCAUAUUUGUAUAUGUGAUUUAACUGCAACGUAUUUUAUAAGAGGCAGUAAGAAUACGUCGACACUCUUUAAGCGAUGUCUGAGUCUGACGGAAACAAAAACACGAACACGGAACCAUGGGGCGGCUUUGAUGACAACCUCAUCCAGGGCAGUGGGUCUGCAGUGAUAGAUAUGGAGAACAUGGAUGACACAUCAGGUUCCAGCUUUGAGGACAUGGGGGAGAUGCACCAGCGCAUGAAGGAGGAAGAGGAGGUGUCAGCAGAAGCAGCAGCAACAGAGGAGGAGACUGGAGAGGAUGGCGAGUUCCUAGGCAUGAAGGGCAUCAAGGGCCAACUGGGGAGACAGGUGGCAGAUGAGGUGUGGGAAGCCGGCAAAAGGCAGGCUUCAAAGGCCUUUAACCUAUAUGCCAAUAUAGACAUUCUCCGACCAUACUUUGAUGUUGAACCGAUGCAAGUUAGGAGCAGGUUGAUAGAAUCAAUGAUACCCAUCCGCAUGAUCAACUUCCCACAAAAAAUAGCUGGAGAACUGUAUGGGCCCAUGAUGCUGGUUUUCACUAUGGUGGCCAUUCUCCUGCAUGGGAUGAAGACAUCAGGAACUGUUAUUAGAGAGGGUACUCUGAUGGGGACAGCCAUAGGUACGUGCUUUGGCUAUUGGCUGGGAGUGUCAUCCUUCAUCUAUUUUCUGGCUUACCUAUGCAAUGCCCAGAUUACCAUGCUUCAGAUGCUGUCCCUGCUGGGUUAUGGCCUUUUUGGGCACUGUGUGGUGCUCUUUAUUACCUACAAUGUUCACUUCCAUUCCUUGUUCUAUAUCCUGUGGCUGGUGAUUGGAGGGCUCUCCACUCUGAGAAUGGUGGCUGCUCUCAUCUCUCGGACAGUCGGCCAGACACCUCGUCUCAUCCUCUGUGGGACGUUGGCAGCUCUGCACAUGCUCUUUUUGCUUUACCUCCACUUUGCUUACCAUAAGAUUGUUGAAGGUAUCCUGGACACCUUGGAAGGACCCAAUAUACCCCCCAUUCAACGGGUGGCUAGAGAUUUGCCUGAUGUGGCCACAGCUGCUGUGAAUGCCACAGUGAAGACCCUUGGAGUUUUCCUGAAGUCACACUGAGUGUGAGCCCAAACAUAUGGCUGAUAACCGGACCUGGUCUGCUUUGUGUUGGUGGUGUAUAGCCGAUGGAGACAGGACUGAAGGUCAAAGACUAUGAUGGGUAAAAGUUGGCAUAAUGUCCUCUUUAGACAGGAGCAUAGUUGAAACAUAUACUUGUCGUGUUGUUGAUGAAUUUCCAACUGAUUCAAUGCUUUUUGGUUCUAUGGGAUAUGUCAUGUUUACCUGGUUGUUCUUGUGCCACAUUAAAAUACAGCUUAGUGGAAUGGCACCUUACAUAUGUGUAAAUAUCAACUUAUUAGUUACCUUGUAAUAUGCUCUAAUGUACCUAAAAUAAGUUUGAAUGCAUCAUAGUUUUAUUUUAAAAGCAGGUAGUUGACAAUGUUUUCCAGUAGACAUAUUCUCACCUCUUGUUGGUUUUGUUACAUACUGUAAAUUAUAGUAAAUGGGGACAGGGACCUUGAAUCAAUGAGUCGUGCCUAUAUAUGUGUUCUGAGGGGUUAAUAAUUGGGGGCAUUCUGAAUAUUAAAUGGGAAAAACACUUUUUAAACAAAGUUUCUCCUUAUCUGGAAGUAUUACUGUAACACACAAUUGAAGUUGAUGUGAUUUGAGAAGUUUAUGCCAAAUACUUUAUUGUGACUUGGAUAUUUCUUUCCAUCCCCUUUUAUUUUUUGUAUUGCUUUUCUUACCAUUGUUUUUGG